CAAGUCAUGACGCAGUCGCUGGUCAAUACAGAUCACCUCCAUGUCUCUGUGACUCACCCUCUCUGGUCGGUGCUCUGGUCUUCCCAGGCUCAAUUCCUAAUUUUCCGACGCCUAUCGCAAAGCUCUGUUUUCGGUGGCACCACACACGCAUUCUUCGAGUGUCAAAAGCUCUCAAUCAUGACAGUUGCGUCGGUUUUCACGCUGCUGUUGGCGUUCCUAGUCGUCCAAGUCAGCGCUUCGGGGUCUGGAUCACUUGACGACUCUGUGGAAUUUCAGACCGAAAUGACCACUUCACCCUCUGCUUCGUCUACUUCGUCGUCGAGCUCAACAGAGGUGACUUUAGCGCCGAUUAACACGCCCUCAUCCACUUCCACCACCUUCCAGCUCGUAGACAACGUUGACUGUAACAGCACCGUAUCCAGUAUGAUCUACGUCAUCUACAACAAGAACCGCGCGCUCUUUGACUUGUGCGUGUCGGACGCGCAGUACCAGAUAUUCCCUUUCCUCGGGACGGAACCCUCGGCUGCUCAGGUGCAGUCAAUGGCGACGUCCACGUCCUGCGACGUCGUCUUCACUGGUGUUCUACUUGCGGAUUUCCCGCAGUGUACGAUAUCUGGAUUCCCGUUGAAGGCGGCGGUGGAGACUCUGCUUAAGAUCCACGUGGAUAUAACAUACGGAUACGCUCCAUCGCCCAGUGCUGAUCGGUUCCAGGAGAUGAUGUCCUGGCGUCGAUAUGUUAAUCUCGCCAAGGAAGCUGAUGUGCCUUAUGAUUCGGGCUCGGAAUUAUAUGCGGAAUAUGAGGAGAACCUGAACGUUGCACGCAGUAACAGCUCUAUUCGCGUGCUGUCGAACUACCAGAUCGAGUACAAACUGGCUAGCGGUUCAUGGUAUGACGCCGAUGGUGACGACUUUGCUACAAUUGGAAGCGGUAGUGAGGGAGAUACAGUAGGUAAGGUCUCUACUGGCGAUGGUAACUCCGAAGCGAGCGACAGUGAGGCUAGUAACGUCGAGGAGAACUCAAGCGCAGCACUGUCCGCGGUCAAUGGAAUUGUUGUCACUGCUGCAAGCUUGCUUCUCGGCACGCUACUCGUGACAGCGUAGGUACUUCUUGAAUUUCUAUUAUUUUCAAUUUUAUUCCAUCAUCGUCGUGGACUUGUGAUUCCUACCCUUCACCACACGAUCUUCUUAUCCGAU